UUGUAAAUGCUUUCAAAUGUUUUUUUAAUGUGAAUUUUGUGAAACAUAUUUAGUUACCUUGUUUAUGAAGUGUGCUUUAUAAAUAAAGCUCCCUUGCCUUUUAAGUGUUCUGGAAAUAAGGUUGAGUGGAGCACAGGGCCUAGUGAUUAUUGAGAUUCAGAAAACUUUAUACAACAUAAAUAAAAAAUGAAAAGUUAAGUCGGGUCAUAAAUAAGUACUAAGGGUGUGGUAGUGGUGGAAUCUAUACAUUGAUAUACACAAUAGAUAUACGUUACUGCAUUGAUAAAUCCUCAUUACAUGUAUUGUUUUAAUUACACUACAAUAAUACAGUACAGAAUAAAAUACCCUAUUGUCAUUUCUGCAGCAUAUAAAGCAUGUCUGCCUUACAAUUUUGAGGUUUAAUGAGAUUUCAAUCACCAUGGCACACCUUCAAUAGUAUUCCAGAUCGGCUGUGGAUUGCAGUGUAAUCUGGGAUUUGGUGACUCAGUGCUGAGUGGUGUGAAACGCCAGGGGACGACCCAGAAGCUACACCAUAUAGUCGAACCCGGUGCUUGUGUGUGAGUGUGUGUGUGAGGGGCGAUUACAUAAGAGUCUACCAAUUUUCAUCAUGUUGAAGACAAGAUUUUCCAAAUCUGCAGGUUGGCCCCAAUAGGUGAUUUGUCAUGAAUGUCUGGUGUGUUCUUUAUCAUUCAGUUUCUGAUACGAUAUUUUGACAAUAAAUAAUGUACAGUAUUACAGAACGUUGGGUUCCACCAAGAGAGGAACCACCCUGCUCUGUUUUGUUUUUAUACUGUAGAAGAAUGCUGAUUUCUUUUCAGUCGAACAAAUAGAUUGUGAAUAGAGAGUGAACUCCUCCAAAAGUGUGUUCUCACUCAUCCAAAACCUCAACUGUGUGCGUGCGGCACGCCUAAGCUCAUCUCAUCCACUCUUUCUCCCAUCAGGAUUACCAUUCUGUCCAUUGUCAAUCCUCAAACUCGCACACUGAUAGCGGGAGUGAGGCAGUCGGGCCAAGGAGCUUCAUGGAAGCCUGCGGGCCAUCGUGCUACUAGCGAGUGGAGCUGUCAGGAACGCUGUGUUAGGAUUGGCAGGUUGGUGAAUGCGAAAUGUUUCCUUGGUCAGCCAUCUUCUCCUUGGAACCCAAAGUGCCAGGCCAUCGCACCAGUGAAGAACUGGUCACCAACACACUGAUGCUGGAGCUGGGCGCCAUGGUGAAGCGCACUGAGCGCAUCUGCUUGGAACGGGCCGCCCAGUGCCAGCGUCGACGCCGCAGCAGCAGUUGCAGUUCGUCUGCAGCGGCAGACUACAGUUGGUUGGCCAGCGCACCCAACCCACAACCUUACCAGUUGGCGCCCAAUGACCUGCUAGAGUUGCAGGACCUCUGUGCCAAGGUGCCACCCUCACAGUGCGGUCCCGUCAUUGUCAGGUUCAGGAGGCUGGUGUCCAAGAUGGAGCCGGAAGUCUACGAGGUUCCGCGUUUGUUUCGCUCGGCGCUGCACGACUGCCUGGAAGAAAUCACAGGAGGAGAAGGAGUGCAACACAAUAUGCUGAUGAAGCAGCAGCGCAGCAAGAGCCUCUCCUUCGUCACAUUCCGCAGCAAGUUCCGAACGGGCUACUUCUCAAUGGGGAGCGGCCCGAGGGGUUCCAGGGCCGACCUGCAGCAACAGGUGGAUUGGACAGAUGAGGAGCGGGAGGAGGAAGAUGACGGAGAGGAAAGGGAGGAAGAGGCCAUCAGGGCUCGCGCCAGGAAAGGGAGGAGUAGGAGCAUGCCGGACAUCGCACCUUUGGAACAAAGUGCGGAAGGAUGAGGAUGAUGAAGUUGAUGAAGAUGAUAAAGGUGGAAGGGUGCUGUAGGAUGGAGAAGAAAGGAUCAAACAUAAAGUAGGCAGGGUAGGGUCAAAGUAUUGUAAACACAUGAGGGUACGUUGGACUCUCGACAUUUGUGAAGAAAUAGAUUUUCAAAGAUUUAAGUAAACUUUUCCAGAUGAUUUUGGGGCUGA